AGUAAUUUUUGUUAUUGUUGUUUUCUUUAACUGUGCUAAAAUAUUUGUAAACAUUCCUCCAAGUAAUUUACAAAAAUGAAAUUUCGUUUUUGUGGAGAUGGUGAUUGUCCUGAUUGGGUGUUGGGAGAAAUAAUAUCUACCCUUUCUGUUUUGGAAGCCAACAAACUAAACGUGUUGGCUGAUUUAGUAGCCAAAAAGAUAUUGGGACAAGAUUUUGAUGAAGCAGAAGUAAAAUCCAUUACCUCCUCUGUUUCAGCUGAUGGCAAAACUGCAGUGGCUUGUAUACAUUUUCUACUCAACAAUGCUGCUAGACAUAAUGCCAGCGAACUUGUCUUUAAUGAAGAACUACAACAAUUGGGUUUACCCAAAGAGCAUGCCGAAGCCAUGUGUAGUAUUUUGACUUUGCACGCUCCAGCCAUACGUCAACGUUUAAUUGAUAGAGCUUUUAAAAUUAAUGAAUUAUCCUCCAUACAACAUUUGCCUUCCACGGGUGACAGUAUUAAUUGCAGUCGUUUUGAGUUAAAAAUUUCCCAAGAACUGGUCGAUGGUUUACCUCAAAAUACCACACAUGUGGUGAAUAUUGAUAAUGCGCAAUUGAAAGUAUUAUUAGAGGAAUUAAAACAUGCCCGUAGUGUAAUGGAGAAAUAUAAUAAUAAAAAUUUAAAUAAAGUUUAGUUGUAGCAAUAUGCCAGGGAGUAGUAAUUAUUUAAUAAAAUUCUAAGAUUACAUA